AUGGAGAAUGAGUCCACUUUCGUAGCGCCAGAAGGUGUAUAUUCCGUCACCGACGAGCACAAGACACUUGCUUCACAGCUCAACGCAGUCAGCGCAGGCCCCUCUAUACACCCCACCCGCGUCAGCAGCGUCGUCGUCAAAUUCCCCCCAUCCAAACCAGGAGGCGCCCAGACCUUUGCAAAUCUCCUGGGAGGCGGAAACAAGGACGCGAAGAAGGACAAGGUCCCCAAGGAGAAGGAGGAUGGUGUUAGCCAGUCGAGCAGUGACACAGACGAGCUUGAACCCCAGCCAUCCACCUCCCAGGAACACUCGAACGGCACCGAGCAGCACACCAUCUUCUCCAAUCCAUCCUCAACAACAGGGAAGAAGAAGAAUGUUACACGGCCGAAACACAACAUUCGAACAACAUCCUCCACUUUUAUCUCUCGGAUACAAACCGCCGAGGGUAUCUCCAAGACUCUCGGUUCGAAGCAGGGAGACGUUACUUUCCUGUUUUACAAUCUCGCCAAAACCUUUAACUGGAUAGAGGCAGGGUCAAAAGCAAAGGUACUCUCAUACAGUUCUGAACUCAUCGAGCUUUCAGUAAUCAGUCGAGUCCAGGAACCGCUUUCUCGGAUAACUUUCUCUCAGCAUCCCACUUGUCAUGAUGUGAAUGCAGCAACGGCGUCGUCGGAGCACCUGGACGUCAUUAUUGGCUUCGCAACCGGUGACCUGGUCUGGCUAGACCCAAUCACCUCCCGUUACGGACGUCUCAACAAACAGGGAUGCAUAUCUUCCUCACCAUGUACAUCAGUGCGAUGGGUACCCGCCUCGGGCACACUCUUCCUAGUCUCGCAUGCGGAUGGCACAAUCGUUCUUUACGACAAGGAGCGAGAGGACGGCGUAUUCACUCCAAACGACCCAUCUUCAAUCCCACCUGAAAUAUCAGCUUCAGAAGAUGGUGCCUCAUACAAAGAAUGGGAUCCGCUCGACAAUAUCUUCGUGUCUAUGCCUCCAUGGCAUCCUCAAACGCUCGGCGGAACCAUCACUACGAAUAGCAAAAACGAGAAGGAUAAAGCAGCCAAGAAUCCUGUGAGCCAUUGGCGAGUCUCGCGGCGGUCUGUAGUGGAUUUCGUGUUCUCUCCAGAUGUUAAAUAUGUGGCUGCGAUAUCGGAGGACGGCUGUCUCAGGGUGAUAGACGCUCUAGCCGAGCAAUUGGUGGAUUGCUACGCAUCAUAUUUCGGAGCAUUAUCUUGUGUGGCAUGGUCACCAGAUGGCCGCUUUAUCCUGACGGGAGGCCAGGAUGAUCUCUUGACAAUCGUCUCUCCCUGGGAACAACGCGUCGUAGCCCGAUGUCAAGGGCACUCGUCAUUCGUCUCAGCUGUUGCAUUUGAUGAUUUGCGAAGUGACGGGAGAACCUAUCGCUUCGGGAGUGUUGGGGAAGAUAAUAAAUUAAUAUUGUGGGACUUUUCAACCGGUUCCCUGCACCGCCCAAAAUUCCAUGCAACGCAUCACCAACGAAUGUCCAUGUCCUCAAGUCUCUCGCUAUCCUUCCGGAGGGAUCGAUCGGUGCCCUAUCUUCCCGGUUUAGGUUCAGCCGGACUCGAUAACAAUCCACUACCACGCUAUCAUCCAGCCCCUUCCAGAAACGAAGUCGCUGUAGUCCAACCUGUUUUGGUAAAGCAACUCGAGGGAGACCUGCUCUCCGCUGUUCAGUUCCUUCCGAAAUCCCUGCUUACCUGCACGAAAGUGGGGCACAUAAAGCUAUGGGUGCGACCAUUGGCAUUAAAACCUCGAUCGAAGGGAGGCAAGGCACAACCUCUACCUGACCUUGCUGACAUUGCAUGA